UUGGUCAACGGUUUUUAUUCUUUUUAAAUCUAUUGUUUUUUUUUUUUAUCAAAAUCAUUGAUAGGCUUAUUCUUGUAUUUUAUAAUUCAAUUUAGACAAUUUUCUUCAUUCUGUAUUUUUCUUGGUUGGAUCACGUCUAAAAUAAUUUUGAAAAGUUUUUAAUACAGAAGUAUUUUCGUUGGCAAAAUUUUUUAUAAUUUAUACAACUUACAGUCAUGUAGAAACGAAAGGAAUUUCGAAAUUUAUUUGGACAAUACAAAGUAUUAAUUAUUUGUUAUUGGAACAUUUCGUAGUUUUCAAAAAAAUUUUUCAAUAUGUCGGGGUCUGAAAAUAGGAAGUCUGGUAGACCAACAACACGCCAUGACUACGGUAAGGUCAACGAGAUAGGAUUCGGAGAUGAUGACACUGGAAAUCCUUCCGAAAAUUCGGACAACCAAGAUGGCGCUACCGGCAUUUCUACCGCCGUUUUCAGCCCAGUGAAAAAUAAGAAGGAUGAGACUUUGGCUCUUCUGCAAAGCCAGUUACAAUCGUUGGAUCAAGAAGGGGAGGAGUUGAGGAAAGAUGCAGAAAUUACAAAAUUGCAGAAAAGGAUUGAGCAGAAGAAAAAGUCAGUAGCAGAAUUACGAGUUUCUCGCAUAAACCAACUCAGGAACCCGAAAGUGAAGAGGUGUCUAAUUCUGUCUGACUCUAUGGCUAAGCAUGUAACUGACAUUCGUGAAACAGACAUACGGUCUUAUCCUGGGAUAACUAUUGGACAUUUAACUUCUAAGAUCAUGAAGGGUUCAAUAAAUUUAAAUUACGAAAAUAUUGUUAUUCAUGUAGGUACUAAUGAUGUCAAUAACUUUUCUUCGGGUGAAAUUUCCUCUCUGUAUUCUAACUUAAUCACUGCUGUCAAGACCUUCACAGAUAGUUCUGUCACAAUAUACUUGUCCUCUAUCUUGCCUAGACCAGUAGAUUUCUCAGAAACAGGACCGAAAGUCAAAGAGAUAAAUUUAUCUCUUGAAGCCAUUUGUAAGGAUAGGAAGAUUAAGUUUCUAAAAUCUUUUCGUCCCUUUCUCAAAGCCAAUCAGCCUCGUAGAGAGCUUUACGCCAUCAAAGAUGGCGGCUUACAUCUAAAUUUAGAGGUUCAUGAAACAUUACUAAAGCAAGUUAUUGAUGAUCAUGCUCCUAUAAAAAAGAAACGUCCAAGAAAAAACCCACCCCCUUACAUGAAUGCAGAGCCAGGCUAUAGCUGUCAGACAGCCCUCUUGCGUGUGGUUGAGGACUGGAAGAUUGCACUGGACAGGGGAGACCACGUGGCCGCAAUACUUAUGGAUCUGUCAAAAGCUUUUGACUGUAUCCCUCAUGAUCUUCUUGUCCUCAAGCUACAGGCAUAUGGGCUGACUGACAGAGCCUCCAAACUUAAUGGUUCAAAUUUAGCCAGAUGCAAGCAAACCCUGACAAAUUUCAAGCAAUUUCUGUUGGAAAAGAUACGCAUGAUGUCUCUCCUACCUUUCAAGUUGGAGAUGUAUGUAAAUACUUUACUAGUACCAACUGUAAAAUCCACUACCUAUGGUAAGAAGUCGUUCAGGUAUGAGGCAGUGCAGGUGUGGAACAGCCUCCCAAAUGAAAUCAGACAGGUGGAUAACUUCAAAGAGUUCAGGAGACUGAUCCGCACCUGGGCUGGACCAUCCUUUCUUAGCCAUACUAUGUAA